GCCUGCGCGCCGAGCUCAGCUCGCCAGGGCCCGCGGUGGCGGCGGUUGGCCGCUUCCGCCGCCGGAUCGACCCGCUCGGACUUGACGAUGCGGGGCGGCGCGGUGGGUCCGCCCUGCCGGCGAGUGUGCAGGCGCCUGCUGUCGGGGCCGCAGGGCCGCGGUCGCGCGGAGCCGCCUUCGGGGAGCGCGGAGCGAGCAGCCCCCGAGCCCGAGGACGGCAGCGCGGCGCUGAUGGCCCUGUGCCGGAGGCGGCACUUCCUCGGCGGCGGCGAGCGGCAGCUGGGCCGGGACCGCCUCCUGGGCGGCCGCCACCCGGGCUGGGGGCCCCUGGGCGUGCAGCUGCGGAGCAACCUGGCGGCGGAGUGGUGGGCGGCGGCCGCGGCCUUCCGCGAGCAGGUGCUGCCGGUGCACGCGCCCCUCGGCGAUGGCGGCCCCCCGGUGCCCGGCGGCGGCGCGCUGAGGCUGGUGUGCGCGGACUCGCUCCGGGCGGCGCUGAGGGCCGGGCGGCGGGGCGAGGAGCAGCUGGCGGCGGCGCUGGAGGACUCGCUGGUCGCCUCGGUGGAGCUGCGGCAGAGCCUGCUUCACGGGGCCUUGAAGCACUAUGUUAAUUGCCUGGAUCUGGUAAACAAGAGACUACCUUAUGGCCUUGCUCAGAUUGGAGUGUGUUUUCAUCCUGUUUCUGAUACUGAACACAAACCUGAUGGUGUCAAGAGAAUUGGUGAGAAGACUGAAGCUUCACUGGUGUGGUUUACUUCUGCAAGAACUGCAAACCAGUGGCUUGAUUUCUGGCUACGACAACGACUCCUGUGGUGGAGAAAGUUUGCCGUGAGUCCAUCUAACUUCAGCAGCAGUGAUUGUCAAGAUGAAGAGGGAAGGAAAGGAAACAAACUUUACUACAAUUUUCCUUGGGGAAAAGAAACCAUAGAAACUCUGUGGAACCUAGGAGAUCGUGAGCUUUUGCACAUGUAUCCUGGAGAUGUGUCUAAAUUACAGGGUCGAGAUGGACGAAGAAAUGUGGUUCCUUCUGUCUUAUCUAUAAGUGGAGAUCUGGACCGAGGCCUGCUGGCUUAUCUCUAUGAUUCUUUCCAGCUAACAGAAAAUUCCUUUACAAGAAAGAAAAACCUUCAUAGAAAGGUGCUUAAACUUCACCCUUGUCUAGCCCCUGUUAAAGCUGCUGUGGAUGUGGGAAGAGGCCCAACAGUGGAACUAAGACAGGUUUCUCGAGGGCUAUUUAAUGAAUUAGUUGAAAAUGGUAUUUCUGUGUGGCCUGGUUAUUUGGAAACUGGGCAGUCCUCAAUGGAACAUCUUUAUUCAAAGUACGAUGAAAUGAGUAUCCUCUUCACAAUUUUGAUAACAGAAACCACUUUGGAGAAUGGAUUAAUACAUCUAAGAAGUAGAGAUACCACCAUGAAGGAAAUGAUGCAUAUAUCCAAAGUAAAAGACUUUCUAACCAAGUACAUAUCAUCAGCUAAGAAAGUAUAAAUUUUAAUAUUUGUAUAAUAAAUAUUUUCCUUUUCUAA